AUGAGCGAGUCGCUCCGCAAGGAGUUCACCGAGGUACAGCGGUCGGACUCGAGCGUGAUCUGGCGCCCACAUGCCGUGAAGGAAUAUCUCAAGCUUGUCGAUCGAUUCCUACAGCGGCUCCUCUUACUCGUAUUUAUGACCGGAGGACAGCCACCACGAGGGACGGAGUUGCUAGCUCUUCGGCACCGGAACACACCAGAAGGGCGACACCGAAACAUCUUUAUUGAGCAUGGCCUAGUGAGUACGGUCACGGCCUAUUCUAAAUCACAGCGCGUCACAAACACGACGAAGCUCAUCCAUCGCUAUCUCCCCCAGGCCGUUAGUGAACUUCUCGUGUACUAUCUGUGGCUGAUCCUCCCAUUCACAGAGGCGGUGACUAUGCUUUCACAGGGGAAAGAUCGAAUGAACCAGUCCCCUUUCCUAUGGCCGUACGACAAGGGGCACUGGGAUCCCGCCCGCCUUGGGAUCAUCCUCAAGCAAGAAGCAGCAGCGCAGCUCCAGACCCGGAUUAACGUACUGUCUUGGCGGCACGUCGCGAUUGGGAUCUCUCGUAUGCAUCUUAAGUGCGGUGGAUUUAAGCGCGAUUACGGAGUGGAGGAUCAAGUAGUCGACCAGCAGGCUGGGCACGGGUCGUGGAUGGCGGCUACAGUAUACGCGCGGGGGUUGCAGGAAGCGCCUGGAGUGAUCGAGGGCCGACGGGUCCGGUUCCGUGGGAUUAGCCGUGAGUGGCAUACGUUUCUUGGCUUUGCAAGGCCACUUAGUCGCAAACGCAGUUAUAGCGAACUCGACGUAGGGGGAGAGGCCCCACAGCGAAAACGUAGACGGGAGUGGAUCACGUUCGAGCUAAGUGGUGAUGAACGGUAG